UAGGUGAGAUCAAUGGUUGGUGAUCGAAUGUCAUUGCUGGUACAAACCAUAUCGGCAGUGAGCGUAGCUUGCAUAAUUGGUUUGGUCAUUGCUUGGCGAUUAGCCAUCGUGCUGAUUUCAGUACAGCCACUAAUUGUUGUCUGCUUCUACACUCAACGUAUUCUGCUCAAGAGCUUUUCCGAAAAGGCCACCAAAGCCCAAGAUGAAUGUAGUAAAUUAGCCGCGGAGGCUGUAUCAAACAUACGAACCAUCACAGCCUUCUCAUCACAAGAACGGAUCAUAAAACUACUAAAAAAGGUUCAAGAAGGUCCUCGUAAAGAAAGUGUCUACCAAUCAUGGUUAGCAGGGAUUGUGUUGGGGACUUCUAGAAGCCUUAUAACGUGUACUUCGGCUUUGAAUUUUUGGUAUGGUAGUAGACUAAUCGCUGAUAGGAAGAUGGUGUCAAAAGCAUUCUUUGAGAUAUUUAUGAUCUUUGUGACUACGGGUCGGGUUAUUGCUGAUGCUGGAACCAUGACGACAGAUAUAGCCAAGGGAUUGGAUGCAGUUGGGUCAGUGUUUGCAGUGUUAGAUCGUUGUACGACCAUUGAGCCAGAGGACCCAAGUGGAUACGUCCCCGAAAAAAUAAAAGGACAAAUUACAUUUCUUAAUGUGGACUUCUCUUACCCAACACGACCUGAUGUGGUUAUAUUCGAGAACUUUUCCAUUGAGAUCGAGGAGGGGAAGUCAACAGCGAUAGUAGGUCCAAGCGGGUCAGGUAAAUCCACAAUAAUUGGCUUGAUUGAGCGGUUCUAUGAUCCGUUAAAAGGUAUUGUGAAAAUUGAUGGCCGCGAUAUAAGGUCGUAUCAUCUAAGAUCGCUUCGUAAGUACAUAUCUUUGGUUAGCCAAGAGCCAAUGUUAUUCGCUGGGACGAUCCGAGAGAACAUUAUGUACGGAGGAACAUCUGACAAGAUCGACGAGUCGGAGAUUAUCGAGGCAGCAAGGGCAGCGAACGCUCAUGAUUUCAUCACAUCACUAUCUAACGGGUAUGACACAAACUGUGGAGACAAAGGAGUACAAUUGUCUGGUGGUCAAAAACAGAGGAUCGCAAUUGCUCGAGCAGUUUUGAAGAAUCCAUCGGUAUUGCUCCUUGAUGAAGCUACUAGCGCUCUAGAUAGCAAAUCAGAGCAUGUGGUGCAGGACGCGCUUGAGCGUGUAAUGGUUGGAAGGACGAGCAUUAUGAUCGCACAUAGGCUUAGCACAAUCCAAAACUGUGACAUGAUCGUUGUUUUAGACAAAGGGAAAAUUAUCGAAUGUGGUAACCAUUCUUCCUUGUUGGGAAAGGGUCCAACAGGCGCUUAUUUCUCAUUGGCCAGUAUCCAGAGAACUCUCAGUUGAAAGUCAGAUGUGUAUAAAAUACUCUCUUUCUCAUGGAAACAAAAGUACUGUAAAUGACUGUUUAAAGUUGCUAUGAGUUAACACAUUUCCCAGUUGAAUUGUUAUUGGUCCCAUGCUAAUAAAAAUAAUUGUAGCUCCUCGAGGUGUUUUCGUUUUGUCUAUGAAACAGAAAAGAAGGAGAGUUGGUGAAAGAACAUGGAGAAUAGGGACAACAUAAAAAGCGGAUGAUGUGGAUUGGGUACUAAUGGGGUUAGGUUUCAAUCGGAUUAAGUGUUCAGGAAAUAGUGUAAGGGCCUCUCGAGUGACAGUGUGAUAAAAACCGAUAGCAGUUAUAUAGGUUGAGAAAUGUUUGAAUAAUGGGGAAUCCAGCCGCUCUGCUCCAUAUAUCAAUAGGCCAAAGUCCUAAAUCCGAUCAACAUCUGAUCUCUCUAGUUUCGCCGAAAAAAGUUCGUUGACGUUUUCAUAAAAAUAUUUUGGUGUUGAUAAAAUAUAAAUCUUUCCAAAGAGGAGAAGAUUUUGGUGUUGAUGAAUCUCUGCAAAGAGGAAAUAGUGCGUUGUCGUUCUUGAUCGAUCGAUGGUAUCAUAAUAGCAGCCAA